AUGACACUGACACAAUCCAUACGACCUACCUUACCAUACAUCAAUGGCGUUUCUGAAGCCACGGCCAGACUGCUAGCCCCCUUCAGUGUAAAGGUGGCACAUAAACCAGACCAGACCCUAUGUACCAGGGUUCUGCGCCCCAAAGAGCCACUCCCCACUGGGGAGAAAUCCUCGGUAAUAUAUAAGAUCAGGUGCAAAGACUGCCCCUGCAACUAUGUUGGAGAAACCUCUAAGAGGCUUAGGACCAGGGUCCAUGAACAUGAGUUGGCAAUUAAGAGGCAGGAACAACACUCACAGGUGUGGGCCCAUAUGACCAACUGUGGCCAUGGGUUCGACCUCGCCAGCGUUGAGGCCAUAUCCCAUGAUACCACCAAGGGAGGCCGUUUCUUCAAGGAGGCCUGGCUGUCAGACAAGAACUCCAUCAACCGUCACAUAGAUCUUACGCCAGCAUACCAGGCAUUAAAGGGGUGGGAAGAACAGUGCACCAAUGGGAGACGAAGACAACUGACAUAUUCCUUACAAGAUCAGGAGGAUGAGACAGUAGGAGAGACCAUCAGUGAGAACAAGGAACUGACAGUGCAUCCCACAGGCAAGACAACCUCCCAGGCUCGGUUGGAAAUGAGUGGGGAGGAGGGGGUGAUGGUCAGGGACAUCCCACAGGAAAUUAGCAAAAGCCGAUUAAAAUUGGUGCAAGGCAAAGUGUUUUUCAUGCAUAUUAUUCCAUACACUUUUUCUGCUGCAGAUUUACUGCUGGUGGUAGAUGGAGAGUUCAUGGAUACAUGUGGCCUUCCAUACUCAUUUUUGCAAUCUCUGAAGCCCCAGAAUCAUAUUACCUUAAUUCAGUGUGAACAGAGUAUAUGCCAAGCCCGGGCAUCAGUUAUGGUUUAUGACGAUACCAGUAAGAAAUGGGUGCCAAUAAAGCCUGGACAACAGGGCUUCAGCCGAAUCAACAUCUAUCACAACACGGCCAGCAACACAUUUAGAGUAGUUGGAGUUAAACUUCAAGAUCAACAAGUAGUGAUUAAUUAUUCAAUUGUGAAAGGAUUGAAGUACAAUCAGGCAACGCCAACGUUCCAUCAGUGGCGUGACGCACGGCAGGUUUAUGGACUGAACUUUGCUAGUAAAGAAGAGGCAACCACAUUUUCAAAUGCCAUGCUAUUUGCCCUAAAUAUCAUGAACUCACAGCAAGAUGGAGGUCCCACAAACCAGCGCCAGGUUCAAAAUGGACCCUCUCCGGAUGAAAUUGAAAUUCAGAGAAGGCAAGCAAUGGAGCAGCAACAGCAGCAACGCCAAGAAUCUCUGGAAAGAAGAACCUCUACCACAGUCUCCACCAUUCAGAUUAAAGUGUCUUCUUCCCCUUUUCACUGCCAGUCUCCUCCUCCUGACUACAGUAACUACAAUGCUUCUACUUCCACUGGUGCGGUUGUUCCUCCUCCUCCUCCUUAUGCCAAAGCAAUCUCAUCACCAUCUGCUCUCCCAGAACCUGCUAGCAAGGCCUCUUUCAGAUCUGCUCAUAGAGUCCGGGAAUCCCCUCUGCAUUGCCACCAAUAUUCUCCCUCUGAGUUCCCACAAUCUCCUGGCCCUUCCUUUCCACCAACUUGGCCAGGUUACAGAACUGUUGCACGAAGCACCAAGGAAAUCUCUUUAUCUCCACCUCUUGCCUCUGCUUCCCCUCAUCAGUCCAUAAGAUGUUCUUCCCUGUCAUAUUCUCCUCAAGCUGCUUCUUCUCCUGUGACCUUUACAUCCCCUAUACAGAAGGGGCUGAUCCUGCAGCCCCAUAUUCCAGUAGUUCUUCCUGUGAUUGCUGCCCAGAAUGGCAGACUCCAGGGGCCUACAGGUGAAGUGGUCCAAGAUGCCUCAGCAAAUGUACCUCAGUCAGGUCUGAAUGGCCGACAUGAAGAUUGUUUAGUUACACAAAUUCCUCUACGCUCCCCUAGGACACAGCCAAAGAGAAAAGAUCAAUCUUUUUUCUCCUAUUUAGAAGCAGUGCCCAUUUCACAUUUACCUGUUGUGACCAGCCCACCUGGGUCCUUUAUCCAGGCUUUUUCUUGGCCCUCCCAACAGUUGCCUCAUUCUCCACACCAGUUCUAUCCAUCUAUGUCACACUUUGUUUCAUUACAUCCUCAUUAUGCUGCUUUAUCUGAGAUGAAUUUGUCCAGGAGGACUCCUUCUUACAUGACUUCAUCUACCUUUUCCCACAUGAGGUUGGGACAUUACUGGUUUAGUGUCCUAAUGCCUAUUAAUGAUCAAAGUGUUUUCAGUGAAGGAGCAUUGAAGACAGAAUCUAGGAAGUAA